UAGAUCUAACAGGUAACCGCAUCGGCGAAUUGCUACAACAAAGCAACUUUUGUGGUCCCCUCAAAUGUCAAAAUUGACAUCUAAGGCGAAAAACAUAGAUUCGCCAUGACAUUUAAAGGUUGCGGCAAAUUUGUUUCAACCAAUCAGAAACGAGGCGUUUGUUUACAUUUUAUUUUGUGUGUGCCUCUCGUCGUGAACGAACGUCGCAAACUAUAUUCAAUAAAAAAAUAGAAAAUAAAUGAUUUUAAAGAAAAAAAAAAAAAAAAAACAUAAAACCAAUAUCGUUCCAUGCAAAAUCAGGGCACCAACACUCCGACCAAAUUUAAUCAGAAUGAAAACCCAACAUCGAGCGGCGGUAAUAAUGUUCAACAAAGAUCAACUACACCCAAGCUGAAGAGGAAUACCAAUUCCACUGGCUCGAAUGCACAUCGCCAGGCAAAGCAGCAAGAACAGCAGGAGCAACAACAAGAGGCCUUGAAUAAUAAUUUGGCCCAACAGCAGCAGCCUUUUGUCAAUCACAACAAUCAAAAUAAAAAUUCAGAAAAAGAAAAUCUUGGAUGCCGUCAAAGAUUUGCUGAAUGA